AUGUCACCCGUAACCGUCUCCAAAGGCCGGACACCCAGCCCGAACGCCCAAGAAUCCUUCACGCAAAUGGCCGAUAAGGACCUAGAGUCCAUCGGCCGACACUGCCAAUUCGAAUACUGCCACCAACUCGACUUCCUCCCUUUCCGCUGUGAAUCCUGCCGCGGAACCUUCUGCCUCGACCACCGCACCGAAACCGCCCACCGCUGCCCCAAAGCCGGCGAAUGGGCCCGCCGCCGCAACGGAAACCAGAACACCAGCACCGCGAGCCUUCCCACGCAGAAACCCACAAUCUACAACUCAGACCAAUGCGCCCAUCUCGACUGCAAGACACUCAUCAACACGCUGAAAGAUCCCGGCGUGCGCUGCCCAAACUGUAAUAGACAGUAUUGUCUGCGCCACCGGCUCCGGGAAGAGCACGAGUGCGCGAAGAUCGCGCCGCUUGGCGCUCGGGCAGGCAACCAGGGCCCAAGCAAUGCCGAGACGAUCCGCUCGAUGUUCGCGCGGGUGCGCACAUGGGGAAAAGACAAGGGACAGGCGCUGGCGCCGAAGCCCAAGGCCAAUAGCGCGGCUGCGCGGAUUUCGGAGCUGAAUGCACUCAAGAAGGCAGCCAAGGGCGAUGCCAGCGUCCCCGCUGACAAGCGGCUGUAUCUGCAUGUGGUUGGGACGGCGGAUGCGCAGGCGCAGAAGGCGGAGCCGCCUUCGGGGGACUUUUGGUUCGAUUCGAGGUGGAAGGUUGGGCGGGUGCUGGAUGAUGCGGCGCGGAGGUUGCGGAUUGAGAAUGUGAAUAAUCGGGCCGGGGAGGAGGAGCGGUUGCGGAUCUUCCAUGUGGAUUCGGGGGAGUUUUUGGAGUUCUCGGAGACGAUCGGGGGUGGGAAGGUGAAGCAGGGUCAUACUAUUGUCUUGUUGAGAGGGGCGGGAGUUAUUCUGGGGAAGUCGUGA